AUGACAAGGGAAGCAUGGCUCGGUCAGAUGGAGAAGGAUCACGGCGGAAACGAGCAAUGGGUAUGCCAGGCAUGUUCCCAGAAAGGCAUCCAAGCUAUAUUCGAGAAGCCCACCAAGUUUGUCGCCCACCUUGAGCAACAACAUGGCAAAAGAGUUGGGCCACGGCAAAUACCUAUACUUCUCUCAGCAUGGCGGCGAACACUCCCUUUCACAAUUUCCAACUGUCCUCUUUGUUUCUUUGAAAGCGAGGAUCAAAAGGUUUUUCUUGAUCAUACCGCUGAGCAUAUUCACUCAUUCUCGUUAAGAUCACUGCCCUGGGCGCCGAGAGAAGGGUUUGAUGAGGAAGACGAUGAUGAGGCAUGCGGUGCUGAUUUCAAGCUUAACUCAUAUUUCGAGAUCGACAGCUCCCAGUCAGAGCCUUCAUCGAUGUUUUCUAGAAUUCCAUCGCCGGCCACAGAUUCGGGAAGCAUCACUGGGUCAGAUUCUCAAGAAAAGUCCCCCCAACUUGAUGAGCAGCAACAGCAAUUGACAGAAGACAUGACUGAUCGACUUUCAGGUAGUAUGAAAAAACCGAAAUAUAUGGCUGAUUAG